AUGGGCAAGAAGCAAGGAGAAGCCUGCUACGUCCUCGGCGUCGGCAUGACCAAGUUCGUCAAGCCGCGCGGCAAGGUCGACUACAACGAAAUGGGCUACGAGGCCGGCAUCAAGGCGCUGCUGGACGCCGGCAUCAACUACGACGACGUCGACGUGGGCGUGGCCUGCUACUGCUACGGCGACAGCACCUGCGGCCAGCGCGUCUUCUACCAGUUCGGCAUGACCCAGAUCCCCAUCUACAACGUCAACAACAACUGCAGCACCGGCAGCACCGGCCUCCACAUGGGCCGCACCAUGGUGUCGCACGGCGCCGCCGACGUGGCCAUGGUCGUCGGCUUCGAGAAGAUGUUCCCCGGCAGCCUGAGCACCUUCUUCCAGGACCGGACGAACCCGACGGCGACGACGAACCAGGUCAUGAAGGAGACGAGGGGGAUCACGAAUGCCCCGGGGGCGGCCCAGCUGUUCGGAAAUGCGGGGAGGGAGUAUAUGGAGAAAUACGGCGCCACGCCCGCCGACUUCGCCGAAAUCGCCCGCGUCAACCACGCCCACAGCGCCGCGAACCCCUACUCCCAAUUCCACGACGUCUACACGCUCGACCAGAUCCUCGCCUCGCCCACCAUCCACACGCCCCUCACCAAGCUCCAAUGCUGCCCGACCUCGGACGGCGCCGCCGCCGCCAUCCUCGUCUCCGAAUCCUUCCUCACCACCCACCCGCACCUGCGCGCCCGCGCCAUCCUCAUCGCCGGCCAAGCCCUCGCCACCGACUCGCCCGCCCUCUUCAACAAAUCCGCCAUCGAGCUCAUCGGCUACUCGAUGGCUUCCGCCGCCGCGCGCGCCGCCCUCGCCGAGGCGGGCGUCCGCCCCGCCGACGUGCGCCUCUGCGAAUUGCACGACUGCUUCUCCGCCAACGAGAUGGUGACGCUCGACGCGCUGGGCUUGUCGCCGCGCGGGAAGGGGUCCGCGCACGAGAUGGUGCGCGCGGGCGACAUCACGUACGGCGGCCGCGUGGUGGUCAACCCCAGCGGCGGCCUCAUCAGCAAGGGCCACCCGCUCGGCGCGACGGGCAUCGCGCAGUGCGCGGAGCUCGUGUGGCAUCUGCGCGGGUGGGCGAACAACAGGCUCGUCACGCCGGUGAGCCGGGGGGCGGGGGCGGAGGCGGCGGGUGAGGGGGUGAAGGGCGUCGAUGUCGCGUUGCAGCAUAAUUUGGGGCUGGGCGGCGCGUGCGUUUGCACGGUGUACAAGCGCGCGGAUGGGAAGGUGGGGGAAGAGGUGAGCAGCGAGGAGGUGGGGAGGCGGAAUGGGUUGGGGUAUAAUCCGGCGGUGGAGGCGAAGGGGUUCACGCUGGAGCAGGCGGAGAGGGUGAGGAGCAAGAAGGCGAAGAGCGAGUGGGCGCUGCAGGAUACGUGGAAGAAGGUUGAGGCGAGGUUUUGA